AUGCAGGGCCGUUUCUGCGCUGAAGCUCCCGCUUCUGCGGUCCCUGCUGGCUUCUCCUUUUUACGUUUCUGCGAUGACAAUGCCGCUUCUGCGGCUACGCACCUACGGGACCCCAACCGCAGGUGCGGCUAUGACAGGAGACCAAUAGCUGAAGCUGCUAAACAACUCCCAAUUCUUUCGUCAACCUUCCAGAAAGACGAAGCUGAAAAUGUUACCAAUUUAUCUGGAAAACAAGAUUUUGGUGAACUCAAUUUUCCGGAAAAUGGCGAGGAUAACCUCGAAUGGGUAGCUCAUUUUGUUGAAGAUUCAUUCACGUACACUGCCGGAAAAUUACCGAACCAGGCGGAGAUGAAAACUCCGGUCCAAGACAACAAGUCAUGCUUUACCACUCCGGUUCAAACCGGGUCAAGAAUCAAACAUACAACCGCCGCCCGAGUUUGGUCACUUUCAUUAACCGAGUCAACUUCUACUUCCUCUUCCUCUUCCUCCACUACGACGACGACGUUGUUCUCGUCAUCACCUUGUUUCAUUCAUACAGCAAAGUCGAUAGUACGGAAGCCGGCGGCGGCGAAUAAGCGGAGGAAGAAGACGGCGGGAGCUGCGGUCCAGUGGCGGGCCGGUCCAAUGGGUGCGAAAACUCUUUGCAAUGCAUGUGGGGUCCGGUUUAAAUCUGGUCGGCUCUUGCCGGAGUACCGGCCGGCUUGCAGCCCGACGUUUUCGACCCAGCAACAUUCCAACAAUCACCGGAAAGUUUUAGAGAUGCGGCAGAAGAUGGAAGUAGAAGGCGGCGGUUUGGCUCUAUCCGGUUCAGAAUUUUUGAAGAAUUAA